AUGGCAGCUGGAGCGCUUCCUCUGGGUGUGCUCGUCGUGCUGCUCUGCGUGGGCGUCGUGCGCGCGGCGGACGCGGACAUCGUGGCCGCGGGCCGUCCGCUCUCCGGCGACCAGAAGCUGGUCUCUCCCGGCGGCAAGUUCGCCUUGGGACUCUUCCACCCAGACGGAGCAGCCGACGGCAGCUGGUACGCCGGCAUCUGGUACCACAAGAUAUCGGUGCACACGCCGGUCUGGGUGGCCAACCGCGAGACGCCGGUCUCCAACACGUCGCGGCUCGCCAUCGCGCCCGACGGCAACCUCGCACUGUUCGACGGCGCCGGCUCGAUUGUCUGGUCAACGAACGCCAGCACCAGCGGCGUCGCCAAUGCCAGUGACACGGUCGCCGUUCUCCACGACUCCGGGAACCUCGUGCUCACGCCCGCGUCCAACGCCUCCGCAGUGCUGUGGCAGAGCUUCGACCACAUCACGGACACGUGGCUUCCAGGCGGGAAGCUCAGGCGCGACAAGCGCACCGGCGUCAUCCAGGCCAUGGCCUCGUGGAGGGCGCGCGGCGACCCCGCGCCGGGGAUGUACGCCCUCCAGCUCGACCCGUCCGGGGCGAAGCAGUACUUGCUGCUGUCGAAUGGCACCCAUGUGUACUGGGCCACCGGCAACUGGACAGGCAAGUACUUUACCGGGGCGCCGGAGGUCGCCGCGUCGAGCGGCGGCUCCGGGUAUAGCUUCAACUUUGUGGACAACGACGACGAGAGCUACUUCACGUAUAACUUCGCCGUGAACACGACGGUGUAUCGGUUCGUCAUGGACGUGUCGGGGCAGGUCAAGGGGUGGUUCUGGGUGGAGGCCACGCAGGGAUGGAAUCUGGUCUACGCCGAGCCCAAGGCCCGGUGCGACGUGCCUCGCGGCUGCGGCGCGUUCGGCGUGUGCACCGAGGGCUCGUCCACGGCGUGCGACUGCGCCCGGGGAUUCAACCCGCAAAGUCCGGCGAGCUGGGGCCUCGGCGACUACAUCGGCGGUUGCGUGCGCAACACCCAGCUUCAGUGCAGUAAGAACAGCAGUGGCCCGUCGGACGGCUUGAAGAACGUGGAGCAGGACAAGUUCCUCCGCAUCGACCGCAUGAGGCUCCCUGACGAUGGCCGAAUGGCGGGAGCCGCAAGCUCCGGCGACUGCCAACGCGCGUGUCUUGGGGACUGCACAUGCUCCGCCUACGCGUACAACGGCAGCUGCUUCUUGUGGCACAAUGAUCUGUUCAACUUACAAAACGGUGUCCUCGACAACCAGGCCAGCGCCGGAAGCCUGUACCUCCGUCUCGCUGCGUCGGAGCUCCCAGGCGCGCGAAGCCACGUAUGGAGGGACAUCAAGGUCGCCGCCGUGGCACUCGGCAUCACGUGCUUCGUGAUCGCCGCAGCCAUUCUUCUCGUUCGUACGAUAAGAGGAACGAUGAAGAGGAGAAGAGCGACGAUACUGAGCGGUCUCGCCGCCGGCGAUGGCUGCGUGAGCUACAAGUACAGCGACCUGCAGUCCCUGACUAAGAACUUCACCGACAAGAUCGGCGCCGGCGCCUUCGGGUCGGUGUUCAAGGGCCAGUUUUCCGACCGCACCGUCGUGGCCGUCAAGAAGCUGGAGGGGCUCCGGCAAGGCGAGAAGCAGUUCCGCGCGGAGGUGAGCACGCUGGGCACCGUCCAGCACGUCAACCUCAUCCGCAUGCUCGGCUUCUGCUCCGGCGGCGGCGACCGGAAGCUGCUUGUCUACGAGUACAUGCCCAACGGCUCGCUCGACCGGCACCUCUUCCGCAAGACCUUCUACGUCCUCAGCUGGCAGGUGCGGUUCCAGGUCGCGCUCGGCGUCGCCAAGGGGCUCGCCUACCUCCACGACAAGUGCCGUGACUGCAUCAUCCACUGCGACGUCAAGCCCGAGAACAUCCUCCUCGACGCCUCCUUCGGCGCCAAGGUGGCCGACUUCGGGCUCGCCAAGCUCGUCGGCCGGGACUUCAGCCGGGUGCUCACCACCAUGCGCGGCACCGUUGGGUACCUGGCGCCGGAGUGGAUCAGCGGCGAGGCCAUCACGGCCAAGGCGGACGUGUUUAGCUACGGGAUGAUGCUCUUCGAGAUCGUGUCCGGGAGGCGGAACAUCGAGCAAGGGGAGAGGCGAUCCGUGGUGUCGUCGACGGCAGACGCGGACGGUGCGGAGGAGCACCCGACGACGACCUUCUUCCCGUUGCUGGUCGCGAGGAAGCUGGCAGAGGGGGGCGUGAUGACGUUGCUCGAUCCCGAGCUGGAAGGCGACGCGAACGCCGAGGAGAUGAGGAGGGUGUGCAAGGUCGCCAGCUGGUGCAUCCAGCGCGACGUCGACACGCGGCCGACGAUGGGGGAGGUGGUGCAGGUGCUAGAGGGGCUGACGGACUUGGAGAUGCCACCGGUGCCUCAGUACCUUGAAGUGCUCGUGGGACGGCCGGUACACGGGACGGCGUACCAUAGCGAUAGCGGGGAGCAGCUUGAAGCGCCCGCGGGAGGCGGGACGGCCGGUACACGGAACAGUGUACCAUAG